CAUGAUCCGACGGUGGUGAUUUAGCGCUCGGCCAACCUCGUCCGGAGCGGCCUCACUUCGCCAGUUCCCUUUCCUAGCAGCGCCGCCGCCGCCGCAAUCCCCACGGGCCCCAAAACCCUACGGCCACCUGACCACUCCCAACGAAACCCCAGACCACGAGAUGGCCCCCGGUGGCGAGGGCAAGCCAAACACGGGCGGCGGCGGCGCCAAGGGUGGUGGGAGGAAGCGCAAGUUCCUUCCCCACGGCAAGCCGGUGCGGAAGGGGGCCUACCCGCUGCGCCCCGGCGUGCAGGGCUUCUUCAUCACCUGCGACGGCGGCCGCGAGCGCCAGGCCACCCGCGAGGCGCUCUCCCUCCUUGACUCCUUCUACGAAGACUUAGUGGAUGGGAAAGGAUCGGAUGACAAGCCUAAAAACAUUCCAGACAAGCCACUGAACAAAAAGAUAAAGUUUGAGGACUCUGAUUCCUCAGAUGAUGAGGAUGAAGACCACUCUGGCGAGGAAGCUGACAAUGGGAAUGGGAAUGAUGUGGAGAAAGAUGAAACCGCUCCAUCUGAGAAGCAACAGGAGGUACUUGAUACCUCUGAUACCAUUAGCAAGGACAAUACCACUCCAUCUGAGAAGCAACAGGAGGUACUUGAGACCUCUGAUACCACGAGCAAGGACAAUACCACUCAAUCUGAGAAGCAACAGGAGGUACUUGAUACCUCUGAUACCACGAGCAAGGACAAUGAGGAACAAACAGUCACUGCUGAUGAACCAAAAGAAAAGAAGCAACGUGUGGAAGACCCUCCAGUUUCUGAGCAAACUGUGCAAAAAGUGACUGCUGAUCAACCAAAGAGGUCCAUUGAUAAACCAAAAGAACCCAGUGAAAAAAAUAUUGAUGAUUUAAUUGAUGAGGACCUGAAAGAAAUAGGGGACAGGAAAAAGAGGCUCUUUUCAAGCCUUGAGUCUGGCUGCAAUGGAUGCAUAUUCAUUCAAAUGCAUAAAAGAGCAGGAGACCCUGGUCCAGUUGAGAUUGUACAAAACAUGAUGUCAUCUGCUGUUUCGACUCGUAAACAUAUGUCAAGAUUUAUUCUGCGAGUUUUGCCUGCUGAGGUGACAUGCUAUGCAUCCGAAGAGGAAAUAACAAAGGCAAUUAGUCCCCUUGUUGAAAAAUACUUCCCAAAAGAAUGCCCUUCAGGCCAUAAGUUUGCGGUGUUAUAUGAAGCAAGGUCAAACACAGGAAUUGAUAGAAUGAAAAUCAUAAAUGCAGUAGCGAAAUCUGUACCACAACCUCAUAAAGUUGACCUGAGCAACCCAGACAAGACUAUUGUUGUCCAGAUUGCAAAGACCAUAUGCAUGAUUGGAGUUGUGGAGAGGUACAGAGAGCUCUCAAAGUUCAACCUAAGGCAGCUGACCUCACCAGAGUCGGAGAAGAAGUAGCCACCUUUGGGUGACAAAAUCUUCCAGGCAGCACGUGGACCAACUUAAAUCAGCUGUAGCGACGUCAGGUGGUUAGGCACUAGCGAAUUAAGUUAUGACUAGCUGAACCUCACUGUCUGAAAGACUCAGAUGUACUGAUUUUCAAUGCUUCAUUCAUAUAGGUCAAGAUGUAGAGUCAUACGAUGAUGCUUUUGCUACCACUAGUGGUUAGUGGUUGGUUGCUAGUCGAUUCAUCUUCAUGCUUCCCUGGUUAGAGUUAUGAAAUUUUUAAGGUUAUAUAGAAAGAUCAGACGAUCUUAAUGUGUGUGUGUUUUUCUGAUGAUGCUAUAUUGCUAUGGUCCAUACUGGCUCACCAAAGAGGUUAGUUUGUCUGAAAAGUCAUGGAAGUAUUGUUCUCUGAAGAGAGAAAAAUACUGUUGAAUGGCUAACUAGGCUUACAGAAUUUGUCAUUGCCGUUCCUUUGUCCUGAACAUUUUUAUAGCUUGAAAUAAAAUUUGUGUGCAAGGUUCUCUAUGCAUGGAACCUGGAAUUCACGAAAAA